GGGAGGAACAACAAGCACUCUCGUCUAGACUUUAGAAGAAGCGAUGGCCGACCUGUGCUAGUUUGCUGUCAAGACUACAUUUACGCACCCAAAUUGAGAACUAAAGUGAUCAAUUGAAAGUGAUUGAAUCUCGGACGUCAUGGCAGAGCAAGGCAGCAAUGUUCGUUAUCAGGAGCUGGUGAAUGAAGAGGAGCCGGGCGUGUCUUCCCAGGAGGCCGUGGGGCUGGACGCUCCCCCGCCCUACAGCAGCGUCACAGCAGCCAACGCAGCUUUCUUUGACUACAAGGAAGAUGGCGGCCGGUUCCCCAACCCCCCGUCCUACAACGUUGCCACCACACUGCCGUCCUACGACGAGGCGGAGCGGUCCAAGGCCGAGGCUGCAGUGCCCCUGGUGCCUGGCAGGGUUACGGAGGAGGACUUUGCUCCCAGGGAUGAGUUUGAUGAUGCUGACCAGCUCCGGAUCGGCAACGAUGGCAUCUUCAUGCUCACCUUCUUCAUGGCAUUCCUCUUCAACUGGAUUGGGUUCUUCCUGUCCUUCUGCCUGACCACCUCGGCAGCCGGACGCUAUGGGGCCAUCUCUGGCUUCGGCCUGUCACUCAUCAAAUGGGUCCUCAUCGUUAGGUUCUCCACUUACUUCCCUGGAUACUUUGAUGGGCAGUACUGGCUGUGGUGGGUGUUCCUGGUUCUGGGCUUCAUGCUGUUCGUCAGAGGGUUUGUGAACUACUCCAGGGUGCGCAAGCUGGCCGACCCCUCUUACGCCACCCUCCCCCGCACCAGAGUCCUGUUCAUCUACUGAAGCUGCUGAAAGCCCGGAAUCUGUAAUCUGAAUCUGAAUGAUCUCUUGUAUGUUGAAAACAAAAACAUCAACUCUGCAAAAGUCUGAAACCAAACUCUCAUCACACAUCCGCUGGAAGACAGCUCCAACAUUCAGGAAAUAAUUGUCACUUUUUUUUGGGGGGGGGACGGGGACGACACCGUAUUCAUGGAUGUUGAUAAAGGUGGUAGUUUGUUCAACUUGUGUACUCAUUAGUGGCAAAUGUUGCUAUUUACAUUUGAAGUUUGUAAUACUGGGUGAUGCCUUAUAUCAAUUGACGUUGGCAUCCCAGCAUGCACCUGCCCAACAGUCCUAUGUACAGUUGAUGGAACACCACCAGUAGCCCACGGGUCAGGGUACACAGUUACUAACAUUACCUACACCUUACAAUCACUUCAAUGAUUGAGUCUGCUAUUCAUCAAUCAGUGCUCUCCACGUAGACAUGUACAGAGUAUAAAGACCUUAUUUUUCAUGAUUUAGUCAUGAACUGAUCUCUGUUGCAGGUGACCCUAAUCCUGUGGGCUUGAAGUAGUGUUGCCUUGUUGUAGCCAGAAGUGGGCAGUGUUCUUUGCUACAUUUUUUAUGAGUUUUAAUGAGCUCUUCAAGGUCAGUAAUGGGAGGUGGUCUGUAGGCAUAGUUAUGUCUUGAGAUGGUGUCUUUUUUUUCCAGGCACAGUAGAACACAUUGUUAGAAUACAAGUGAUGUCUGUGUGCAUCUCAAUUUAUGAUUCGUAACCAUUGUUUUAUUCAGAUUCAUACUGAUUUGUAUGAAGGGAUCAGAAGAUGUUUAUUUUUCUUAUGUUUUAAAUGGAUUUACUGUUUGGGGAGGUGGGGAGGGAGUGUGUGUAGAAGUGUAAUAAUCAAAAUAUUAUCAAAGAUUGUUGUAAGCAGGUGCACUUUUAGAUCAUACCAACUAAACCCUGGGGAUUCUUCCUCUUGGUCCUCCAGAGUCCCAGAAACAUCAUCCCAAACCAUGCAGAAACAUCAUCCCAAACCAUGCAGAAACAUCAUCCCAAACCAUGCAGAAACAUCAUCCCAAACCAUGCAGAAACAUAAUCCCAAACCAUGCAGAAACAUAAUCCCAAACCAUGCAGAAACAUCAUCCCAAACCAUGCAGAAACAUCAUCCCAAACCAUGCAGAAACAUGAACUUUACCAAUGGGUUAAAUUUAUUCAUUAGCAGUUCACAUUCUUAAAGGUUAGUGACAAUGACACUCAAUAGGCUACUAUUACUUUGUCUUGAUAAUUAUGAGUAAUGAUUUUGGAUCCAUUAAUUGUCGUUAUGGAUGUUUUCAACAUGUACAAGCUAGCUGACUGUCCCAACCGGUGGACCAGCCCUGGGUGAUGGCCCAGCUGCAGCCAGACCCACACACCCCUAGUCCACACAGUGCUGUUGCAUCCUUAUGGUUUUGUUAUGAGCUGUUUAAAACUGUAAAAAGCUUAAUGUCUAAUAAAUGUAACUUUUAAAGUGUU